UACAUCAUUAUGUCAUCAUUAAGGCUGACGCAAUAAUAACGCAUCAACUAAAAGUUAUUUUAAUGCCGAUUUGUUUUCUUUUAACGCGCGAUUAACGAGCGCAUUGCUGCUUGGAGUGAGGAGAAUCUUCACGUCCGUGUCUACAUUACAGGUUGGAUUUUCCAUUCGAAUUUGCCAGAGGCUCGCUCGAUCAGGUUCUGCCAGAAGACCUUUGGCAACUUUCUCAGGUGUCACGUGCAAGCUCGAACUCGCUUUGGAUCUGCCAGCACCUCCGUUGUCAGCGCGCCGAAACACGCCCACAUGCCGGCAAGUCUGUGGGCGAUCAGCAAUCUGCACACCUGGAUUUGAUGAGGGCGAGGUGUAUAAGGACCAGUGGACCCAAGGAUCCUGGCCGGAACUUAAUCUUCUGUUCGUAUUCUUCCCGUGUCUUCCAUAAUCGUGCUGUGCGCCUUGACUUCCCCUUUGGACUGCCUCCCUUGAUCCUCGACCCCCGCUUUGCAGACGUACCUCUUGACGUCUCUCUCAGCCCCACGGACCUACGGCUUGACCUUCUGCUUUGUCCGUCCUCUCGCCCAACACAUCACGCUCGUUCCCGCCUCACUCAGACAUGCUGUCGCCAGCCUCGUGACGUCAUCAUCUGCUGCAGCACCGCACAGCCUGUCUCCCUCCGCCGCGCCCUCAUCAUCCCAGAGAGAAAGUAGUCCCAACCCUGAACUUGAAAAUAAUCCGUUUGGAUUUAGAAGCUGAGCAUUAUCCUCAAAGACCUCAUCAGUAAUUCCCUCCCAAAACUGGACCUCCACCUGCCGCCCCAACCUUCUUUUGGCCCAGCGGAGAAGGAGAGCGGGAGGGCCGCCCCGUCCAUCAUGAACGUCACCUCGCUCUUCUCCUUCACCAGCCCGGCCGUCAAACGUCUGCUGGGCUGGAAGCAGGGCGACGAGGAGGAGAAGUGGGCCGAGAAGGCCGUGGACGCCCUGGUGAAGAAACUGAAGAAGAAGAAGGGCGCCAUGGAGGAGCUGGAGAGGGCGCUCAGCUGCCCCGGUCAGCCCAGCAGCUGCGUCACCAUCCCCCGCUCGCUGGACGGCCGGCUGCAGGUGUCCCACAGGAAGGGCCUGCCGCACGUCAUCUACUGCCGCGUGUGGCGCUGGCCUGACCUGCAGUCCCACCACGAGCUCAAGGCGCUGGAGUGCUGCGAGUACCCCUUUGGUUCCAAGCAGAAGGACGUGUGCAUCAACCCUUAUCACUACAAACGUGUGGACAGCCCAGUGCUCCCCCCCGUGUUGGUACCGAGGAACAGCGAAUUCAACGCCAAGCACACCAUGCUGCCCCGUUUCCGCAACCCUCUGCAGCAGAACGAGCCACACAUGCCCCAGAACGCCACCUUCCCAGAGUCCUUCGCUCCGGCCAACCCUGUGCCCUUCCCCCAUUCGCCGGUAAACAGCUUCCCGAGCUCGCCGGGGAGCGGCAGCAACGCCACCUUCCCCCAUUCGCCUUCCAGCUCCGACCCCGGCAGCCCUUUCCAGAUGCCAGAGACGCCGCCGCCCGCCUACAUGCCCCCAGAGGAGCCCAUGACUCAGGACUGCCCCCAGCCGAUGGACACCACCCUCCUGGUGCCGACUUUGCCUCUUGAGACUAACAACCGGCCAGAUGUGCAGCCGGUGGCCUACGAGGAGCCCAAGCACUGGUGCUCCAUUGUUUACUACGAGCUCAACAACCGCGUCGGCGGGGCCUUCCAGGCGUCCUCCACCAGCGUGCUCGUCGACGGCUUCACGGACCCCUCCAACAACCGCAACCGCUUCUGCCUCGGCCUGCUCUCCAACGUCAACCGCAACUCCACCAUCGAGAACACCCGGCGGCACAUCGGCAAAGGUGUCCACUUAUACUACGUUGGCGGCGAGGUCUACGCCGAGUGCCUGAGCGACAGCAGCAUCUUCGUCCAGAGUCGCAACUGCAACUUCCACCACGGCUUCCACCCCACCACCGUGUGCAAGAUCCCCAGCGGCUGCAGCCUGAAGAUCUUCAACAACCAGGAGUUCGCCGAGCUGCUCGCCCAGUCGGUCAACCAUGGCUUUGAGGCCGUGUACGAGCUCACCAAGAUGUGCACCAUCCGCAUGAGCUUCGUCAAGGGCUGGGGAGCCGAAUACCAUCGGCAGGAUGUGACCAGCACCCCCUGCUGGAUCGAGAUCCACCUGCACGGACCCCUGCAGUGGUUGGAUAAGGUUUUAACGCAGAUGGGCUCCCCCCACAACCCCACAUCAUCCGUCUCCUAGACCCGCCCUCAUGGUCGGCCUCUGCGGUUUUUUGGCCCAAGUAGCAAGAAGACCGGUGGCCUGGGCGGGUCCCAGACCAGUUUGUACCUUAUUGCCCGUUAGAUAACAUAACAACGUUAAAAGAUGAAAGCACAGGCAGCUGAUCUGGGACCUGCAGGGCAAGGUGGGUGGGCUUUCUACUUGAAGGACCUCUGAAGUGGGCACAUUUCCAGACUGGGAGAGGAGCAAGCCGAGUGAGCGUGAUGCAACUGGAAGAUACUUGAUCUCUGUGACCAACUGUAAUAAUCCAACCAUCCGCCCAGGUGUCCUCCCUCCACUUUUUGCUCCCUUGGUUCUCCCUCCCAUAUCCAUUUGAAAGAAAACCUGUAACUACCAAAAAAGUACUCUUCGGUUUUGGCCUUUUUUGUAAUCAGUCUGUGUCCAUGUUUUGGCACCCUCGCACAACAGGUUACGGUACCAAAAAGGUGACGUUGAAACUAUUACGGACUAAACCAAUCCAGAAAGAGACUUUUCUUCCGUCCGUUGGACCCGAUGGUUGUACGGAGCUAGCGAAUUGUCGACUACAAAAGGCUCAAUAAUGCGAGAAACGCACAGAACCUUCCGUCCAUAAUUGCUUUGCAUCAUGUUGCAAUACCACCACUAAACUGUGGGGGCAGUUUUGUAGCUCGCUACUAAAACUUGUGACCUCCACAAGUUUUUGUUGUCAAAAACUUUUGUGUUGAAAUGUAUUUUUGUUCCGAUCGACGCCGAGUGGAUUAAUUGUGAAAGGUUUAUUCCAACAUAUAUAAUUAUAAAGGGCGGUGGUGUUUACAUUGUUUAAGAUGCGCACAUCAAGUUUUGUAAGUAAGAGCAGCAUUAAUGUUAAACUGAGCUGUGCCCAACAAGACUUCCAAAAUUGGACAAUCUAAAUUGAGCUUGAAAACACUUUUAUGUUAGAUCCACUAUGGACUGGACUCUCACUAUUAUGUUAGAUCCACUAUGGACUGGACUCUCACUAUUAUGUUAGAUCCACUAUGGACUGGACUCUCACUAUUAUGUUAGAUCCACUAUGGACUGGACUCUCACUAUUAUGUUGGAUCCACUAUGGACUGGACUCUCACUAUCAUGUUGGAUCCACUAUGGACUGGACUCUCACUAUUAUGUUAGAUCCACUGUGGACCGGACUCUCACUAUCAUGUUAGAUCCACUAUGGACUGGACUCUCACUAUUAUGUUGGAUCCACUAUGGACUGGACCCUCACACUAUUAUGUUAGAUCCACUAUGGACUGGACUCUCACUAUUAUGUUAGCUCCACUAUGGACUGGACUCUCACACUAUUAUGUUAGAUCCACUAUGGACUGGACUCUCACACUAUUAUGUUAGAUCCACUAUGGACUGGACCCUCACACUAUUAUGUUAGAUCCACUAUGGACUGGACUCUCACUAUUAUGUUAGAUCCACUAUGGACUGGACACUCACUAUUAUGUUAGAUCCACUAUGGACUGGACUCUCACACUAUUAUGUUAGAUCCACUAUGGACUGGACUCUCACACUAUUAUGUUAGAUCCACUAUGGACUGGACUCUCACUAUUAUGUUAGAUCCACUAUGGACCCGACACUCACUAUUAUGUUAGAUCCACUAUGGACUGGACUCUCACACUAUUAUGUUAGAUCCACUAUGGACUGGACUCUCACACUAUUAUGUUAGAUCCACUAUGGACUGGACUCUCACUAUUAUGUUGGAUCCACUAUGGACUGGACUCUCACUAUUAUGUUAGAUCCACUAUGGACUGGACUCUCACUAUUAUGUUAGAUCCACUAUGGACUGGACUCUCACACUAUUAUGUUCGAUCCACUAUGGACUGGACUCUCACUAUUAUGUUAGAUCCACUAUGGACUGGACACUCACUAUUAUGUUAGAUCCACUAUGGACUGGACUCUCACACUAUUAUGUUAGAUCCACUAUGGACUGGACUCUCACUAUUAUGUUAGAUCCACUAUGGACUGGACACUCACUAUUAUGUUAGAUCCACUAUGGACUGGACUCUCACACUAUUAUGUUAGAUCCACUAUGGACUGGACUCUCACACUAUUAUGUUAGAUCCACUAUGGACUGGACUCUCACUAUUAUGUUAGCUCCACUAUGGACUGGACUCUCACACUAUUAUGUUAGAUCCACUAUGGACUGGACUCUCACACUAUUAUGUUAGAUCCACUAUGGACUGGACUCUCACACUAUUAUGUUAGAUCCACUAUGGACUGGACUCUCACACUAUUAUGUUAGAUCCACUAUGGACUGGACUCUCACACUAUUAUGUUAGAUCCACUAUGGACUGGACUCUCACACUAUUAUGUUAGAUCCACUAUGGACUGGACCCUCACACUAUUAUGUUAGAUCCACUAUGGACUGGACUCUCACUAUUAUGUUAGAUCCACUAUGGACUGGACUCUCACACUAUUAUGUUAGAUCCACUAUGGACUGGACUCUCACACUAUUAUGUUAGAUCCACUAUGGACUGGACCCUCACACUAUUAUGUUAGAUCCACUAUGGACUGGACUCUCACACUAUUAUGUUAGAUCCACUAUGGACUGGACUCUCACACUAUUAUGUUAGAUCCACUAUGGACUGGACUCUCACACUAUUAUGUUAGAUCCACUAUGGACUGGACCCUCACACUAUUAUGUUAGAUCCACUAUGGACUGGACUCUCACUAUUAUGUUAGAUCCACUAUGGACUGGACUCUCACACUAUUAUGUUAGAUCCACUAUGGACUGGACUCUCACACUAUUAUGUUGGAUCCACUAUGGACUGGACUCACACUAUUAUGUUAGAUCCACUAUGGACUGGGCUCUCACUAUUAUGUUAGCUCCACUAUGGACUGGACUCUCACACUAUUAUGUUAGAUCCACUAUGGACUGGACUCUCACACUAUUAUGUUAGAUCCACUAUGGACUGGACUCUCACACUAUUAUGUUAGAUCCACUAUGGACUGGACUCUCACUAUUAUGUUAGAUCCACUAUGGACUGGACUCUCACACUAUUAUGUUAGAUCCACUAUGGACUGGACUCUCACACUAUUAUGUUAGAUCCACUAUGGACUGGACUCUCACUAUUAUGUUAGAUCCACUAUGGACUGGACUCUCACACUAUUAUGUUAGAUCCACUAUGGACUGGACUCUCACUAUUAUGUUGGAUCCACUAUGGACUGGACUCUCACUAUUAUGUUAGAUCCACUAUGGACUGGACUCUCACUAUUAUGUUAGAUCCACUAUGGACUGGACUCUCACACUAUUAUGUUCGAUCCACUAUGGACUGGACUCUCACUAUUAUGUUAGAGCCACUAUGGACUGGACUCUCACACUAUUAUGUUGAGGUUUUCCUUGCCCUGAUGUGGGAUCUGAACCGAGGAUGUCGUUGUGGCUUGUGCAGCCCUUUGAGACAUUUGUGAUUUAGGGCUAUAUAAGUAAACAUUGAUUGAUUUAAGUCCUUUAACACCAUUUACACAGCGACAGUACGAUAGAGGAUUUGUGGGACUAAUAAAGUCAAUCCUACCAUAUCUUAAAUGGCCCUAUCUGUUGCGUUUUACCUGACACAUGAAACGUGACGAAUUGAGGUAGUGCACUAUCCACUUUAGCCGCCAGAUGGCAGUAGACUAUAGGGCGCACCGGAUUAAAAGGCGCACUGCCGAUGAGCGGGUCUAUUCAGGUCUUUUUUUUAAAUACAAAAUGCACACCAGACUGACUAUAAGGCACAUUAGAGGAGUCAUAUUAUGAUUUUAUUCUAAAUGUAAAAGACUUCCUUGUGGUCUACAUAACAUGUGAUGGUGGUUCUUUGGUCAAAAUGUUGCAUAGAUGAUGUUUUACACAUCAUCGUUAAGCCGCUUUCUGACAGUCUCGUUUUGUGGGCGGUCUUGUUUACGUGCCUCCACUUCGACAGCGUCUUCUCCCCGUCAUCUUUGUUGUAGCGGUGUAGCGUGCAAGGACGGCAGUGGAAGAAGUGUCAAAAGAUGGCGCUAACUGUUUUAAUGACAUUCAGACUUUACUUCAAUCAAUAAAGGAGCAGCAUCUCCUCAUAUGUGGCUCACUAGUGCAACAAUGUGUCCCCUGAAAAACCGUCCGACCGGAUCUCUCUAAUAACUAAAAUUCCUUGGGUGAAUAAUGUAAACUCGCUACACCGGUAGUUUUUUAGCGCUUCCAUAGCAAGAUAUAAGUAAGAACUUUAGGCUAAUUUAUAUUAAAAUUGGCAACAGCGGAGGAUGAAUGUUACAUAACAAGAAUGUAGAGAAAACGAAGAAGCUUUUAGACUACAGUGGCGGACACGCGCAAAUCUUAAGGACUUAUGCAGAUCCCAAAUACACAUCAGCAGGUACCAGAAGCUAAGAAAAGUUUAUUUUGCAUAAUAUUGUGAAACAAAAUGCCAAAUAAUGUCUGCUAAUGGGUGGCAUUUUUCGGUCCUUUCACACCCAUCAUAUUAAUACUUGUAUCUCCGACUACAGGAGCCGUAAUGGCCGACAAUCAAUCAAGCGGCGCGGCUUCAAAGUUGUACUAAAACAUUUUGACAGAUUUUUGAGCGCUGUGUCUAAAGUUCUUUAUUUUUAAUUGAAUGUUUAAACUUUUGGUGUUGUUUACCGGCGUCAUAUUGCAGUUUACACGUAUCUCUUAUGUGUGACUGCCAUCUACAGGUCACACUUAUUACACCAUGCACCAAAUUAAAUAGCUUUAAGGUCGGUAAGCACAACCGGAAUUAUGCCGUACAUUAGGCGCACCGGGUUAUAUGGCGCAGUAUCGAUUUUAGAGAAAAUGAAAGGAUUUUAGGUGCGCCUUAUAGUCCAAAAAAUACAGUGUUUUAAAAUGUGUUUUGUUUUGUGGCAAUUCCUACUUUUACCAGGUUCUAUGUAGAGUGACGCUGUCAGGUUUAAACACGGAUGACAUCUAUUAAACAGGACAAGAAGCAAAGAAUCAAACAGAGACAGAAUUCAAUUUAGCUCAGUGAGGAGAAACGUGCACAUCUGUACCCCUGUACAGUGUCAUCACGCCUCCUUAUUUUAUUUGGACCUCCCCCUGACCACAUGGCAACAGCUUCUUCCAAAGGGAGGGGGGUCGUAAAUAGCCGUCGCUUUUGAUUACAAAACAGUUCAAAAGAAAAGGUCGGUUGCAAAAAGAGGUCGUAAAAGAGAUCAAAAAGCGGUGUUUGUGGCAAUUUCAUCCUUUACCACAGCGUCAGGUUCUAUGUAGAGUGGCGCUGUCAGGUUCAAACACGGAUGACAUCUAUCAAACAGGACAAGAAGCAAAGAAUCAAACAGAGACAGAAUUCAAUUUGGCUCAGUGAGGAGAAACGUGUCCAUCUGUACCCCUGUACAGUGUCAUCACGCACUGCCAAAAGAUUGCACGCCUCUUUCUUUUAUUUGGACCUUCCCCUGACCACAUGGCAACAGCUGCUUCCAAGGGGAGGGGGUCAUAACCCGCCGUCGCCUUUGAUUACAAAACAGUUCAAAAGAAAAGGUCGUUUGCAAAAAGAGGGCGUAAAAGAGUCCAAAAGAGUGGUGUUUGUGGCAAUUCCAUCUUUUACCACAGCGUCAGGUUCUAUGUAGAGUGGCGCUGUCAGGUUCAAACACGGAUGACAUCUAUCAAACAGGACAAGAAGCAAAGAAUCAAACAGAGACAGAAUUCAAUUUAGCUCAGUGAGGAGAAACGUGCACAUCUGUACCCCUGUACAGUGUCAUCACGCCUCCUUAUUUUAUAUGGACCUCCCCCUGACCACAUGGCAACAGCUGCUUCCAAGGGGAGGAGGUCGUAAAUAGCCCUCACCUUUGAUUACAAAACAGUUCAAAAGAAAAGAGGGCGUAAAAGAGUCCAAAAGAGUGGUGUUUGUGGCAAUUCCAUCUUUUACCACAGCGUCAGUUCAAACAGUUCAAAAGAAAAGGUUGGUUCCAAAAAGAGGUCGUAAGAGAGUUCAAAAAAGCGGGGCCUGGAAGGGAGUCAGGCCCUGCUACCUCUCAGCUUCAUAGUCCUUGGGUCACGACAAUAUCUCUCUGUUGAUUACAAUGCAUGAAAGAAACAGAACACCUUCAUGUUGCUUCCCAUCCUACACAGGGGAGUUUGAAAAGCUUUUUGAUCUUCUCGCCGGGAACUCAUUUCAACACAAAGUUUUUGUGAUAACUUAGAUGAAAUUAUUCCAACAGCGCUCUUCAUCAUUUUCAGCAGACUGCAUUGCAAAGUGAUUGAUGGUCCCACGCGAGAUCCACCCAGGAAUGGGACCGUGGGAUUCCUUUCCCUUUCCCUGUUGAACGUCCCAAACCGUCACAAUUCCAGCUGACUGGAGUUGCAGUCUACUCGUGACAUGUAAGAGAGAAAGUAAUACUCCCAAAUAGAAAAUGACAUUUAGGGGGGAAUUUUAAUUUUUGGCACUGCACGUUAAAAAGGGCAUUUCCUCCUCCCCUGGAUGUUUAAAUGUUGUUAAGUAUCACAUGUUACACUUGUGUUUUUCCGUUGAACUUUCGAGUUCAAAUAGCGUUGAUGGGUGUGGUUAGAAUACUGUAUGUGCUGUGCUGGGUAGAAUGGUGGCGGUGUAGUGCUACACGUAGCUGGACACAGCCCUGCAUGUAUUUAUCAAAAUUACACCCGCACUGACUGAGCGAGACUUGGUUGUUUUAUUAACUGUUACUGGAAAAUGUCCAGCAUAAUAAUUAAAAAUAAAUCUGUCCAAACAAGUGUUA